AUGGUAUGUAUUUGUAUAGGUGAAUAUGGGCAAACAGUACGGUCUCUAAUAUCACCGUGCUAGAUUAUUAAUAUGCGUAAAACUAACGAAAUUAGAUUGGAAGAGUUGUUCAUAUCAGUGCUGAUUUAGUAUUAUUGUCUGCUUUCUUAGCUGGGGUCAAAAGAAAUACUGGUUUAACGUAAGUAUAUAUAUUAUGACAGAUUAGUAUCAAUGGGGGUGUAGAUUAACAUGAAUAUAGGCCAAAUCUUGACUCCGCAACUAAUAGUGAAGACGUUAAAUAUUACGCGGGCAAAUAUUUAGAUUUGGGUGAAAGAAUAUUUGAUUACUCGUCGACGUACUUUGGAUCGUCAGAUUAUUUCAAGCGUAGAUAG